AUGAAUGUUGGAGAUAUAAAAAUGAAGAAUACUUUGUUAGGACUAGUUUUACUUUUAUGUGACACAGUUCUAGCACUGAAUGAAUGUGGCAGGUGUAACUGUUGUAUAAAUGGAACUUCAAGAUGUGAAUACAACAAUAAUGAAGACGGUGUAUGUUUGGAUGGUUGUAUUGACGGAUACUUUACUGACAGUUGUGUACAUGCUUGUAGUUACAAUUGUGUGACAUGUUCUGGUGUAAGCAUUUGUAACACAUGCAAAAAUGGCUACUAUAUUGGCCGAAAUGCGACUUCUAAUCAAUAUAAAGUUGAUUGUAGUUUAUCGUGCUCGGAAAACUGCAUUUCAUGCACUACGUAUUAUAACUGUAGUAUAUGCAAUGAUGGAUUUUACAACGGGAGACAAUACCCAUCCAGCGAUGUUGUAGCCUACAAUUGUCAACAUAAAUGUAGAGAUAAUUGUGCAACAUGUUCUGAUGCAAGCACAUGUCACACGUGCAAAUAUGGCUUCUAUAUUGGUCGUAAUCCGGAAAAUAAUCUAUAUGCAGAAGAUUGUAGUUUAUCGUGCCCGGACAACUGUAAUUCAUGCACUUCAUAUUAUAACUGUAGCAUAUGCAAUGAUGGAUUUUACAACGGGAGACAAUACCCAUCCAGCGAUGUUGUAGCCUACAAUUGUCAACAUAAAUGUAGAGAUAAUUGUGCAACAUGUUCUGAUGCAAGCACAUGUCACACGUGCAAAUAUGGCUUCUAUAUUGGUCGUAAUCCGGAAAAUAAUCUAUAUGCAGAAGAUUGUAGUUUAUCGUGCACGGACAACUGUAAUUCAUGCACUUCUUAUUAUAACUGUAGCAAAUGCAAUGAUGGAUAUUACAAUGGGAGACAAUACCCAUCCAGCAAUGUUGUAACCAACAAUUGUCAACAUAAAUGUAGAGAUAAUUGUAUAUCAUGUACAUCAUACGAUAAUUGUACACAAUGUAAAACUGGGUUUACAGGUGAUCAAUGUGAUAAUUGUGAGGUAGGGAAGAACGGGAGUGUCGACUGCGUUAAUUCAUGUUCUGUAGGUUGUGAAAAUAACAAGUGUACUUAUACUGGGGAAUGUCCUAGGUGUAAGGAGGGGUUUACCGGGGUUAAAUGUGAUAGAUGCAUCAAUGCCAAUACCGACAAGAGACAAGCUGACGUUAACCAACCUACAACUGUGUAUGAAAGUUUAACAAAUACUGGUGUAAACCGGUUCGUUGAUUAUAGUUCUCUACAGCUACAG